UGUCCAUUGGUUGGGAGUGGGUUUGCUGUUUGUGCGCUUACGGCGUGGAUUCGGUGUGACACAAUUACAACUUUCUGCUUUGAAGUUUUUCUCUUUUUUUUGCUAAUAUUAUUUCAAUGCUGUUUUAAUUUUAUCUCCCCCCAAACAAGGACUCCAGCACGUGCAUGUUAGAAAAGAAGCAAGAUCUUGAAGGAUGUGAAAAAAUAAAAAAAACUCCACGGCAAUAAUAAAAAAUAGCAAAAAUAAAUUACAAACAUUUUUUUUCAUCUCUGUCUGUAAGCCCAUGAAAUCCUGUGGAGUAUCAUUCGGUGAUGAGGAAAAGAAAAUGGCGGCGGGAAAACCGAGUGAAAUUGAGGAUGACUUUCCAACUCUGACGCCCCAGGAGAAAGACUCUAUUGCAACUCUCGAUAGCCGAGUGUUUGGAUUUCUGAAGGUUCAUGAAGAUGGCGCCAGAACGAAGGCCUUGUUAGUAAAGGCUAUUCACUGCUUUGAGUCAGUGAUCAAGAAGUGUGAGGGAAAAGUUGACCAUGACUUGUUUUGCCAGCUUGGUCAUUUCAACCUCUUGUUGGAGGAUUAUCCAAAAGCAUUAUCUGCAUACCAGAGGUACUACAGUUUACAGUCUGAUUACUGGAAGAAUGCUGCCUUUUUAUAUGGCCUUGGUCUUGUCUACUUCCAUUAUAAUGCAUUUCAAUGGGCAAUUAAAGCAUUUCAAGAAGUGCUUUAUAUUGAUCCUAGCUUCUCUCGGGCCAACGAGAUUCACUUGCGUCUUGGGUUGAUGUUUAAGGUGAACACUGACUAUGAAUCAAGUCUUAAGCAUUUUCAGUUGGCAUUGAUUGAUUCCAAUCCUUGCACUCUAUCCAAAGCAGAAAUUCAGUUCCAUGUUGCUCACUUGUAUGAAAUCCAGAGAAAGUAUCGUGCUGCAAAGGAAGCCUAUGAACAACUUUUGCAAACGGAGAAUCUUUCUGCACAAGUGAAAGCAAAUAUACUGCAGCAGCUCGGCUGGAUGCAUCACACAGUGGAGCCACUAGGAGACAAAACAGCUAAGGAACGUCUUGCUAUUCAAUAUCUCCAGAAAUCUCUAGAGGCAGACCCUAACUCUGGCCAAUCUUGGUACUUCCUUGGCAGGUGCUAUUCAAGCAUUGGCAAAGUUCAGGAUGCCUUCUUAUCAUACAGGCAUUCCAUUGAUAAGUCAGAAGCGAGUGCUGAUACAUGGUGUUCAAUAGGGGUGUUGUAUCAGCAACAGAACCAGCCAAUGGAUGCUUUACAGGCCUAUAUCUGUGCUGUUCAGCUAGACCAUGGACAUGCUGCAGCCUGGAUGGACCUGGGAACACUCUAUGAAUCCUGCAAUCAACCUCAGGAUGCAAUUAAAUGUUACAUAAAUGCAACCAGGAGCAAAAAUUGUAGUAAUACUUCUGCACUCACAACAAGGAUAAAGUACUUGCAGGCCCAGUUGUGCAACCUUCCACAAGGUAGCCUACAAAGUAAAACCAAAAUGCUUCCCAGUAUUGAGGAGGCAUGGAGCCUACCAAUCCCAGCAGAACUUACCUCCAGGCAGGGUGCCAUGAAUUCAGCUCAGCAGGCUUGUAAACUUCACCAUCACAGUAAUGAACCAUUAGUAGGCCUCAGUCAGCAGCCACAGCAGUCCUUACCACUACACAUGGUUCCUUCUAACCAAGUAGAUGAUCUAUCCAGUUCUGCUAAAAGGAAAAGGAUGUCCAGUCCUACUAAGCUAAAUGCUCCAGAUGUCUGGUCAGGUGGUCACACACCACACCAUCCAGUGCAACAGCAGGUUCCAUCAUGGUACCUGACUUCUCAAAAAUUACAGUUUUUGGAACAGUUGCGUGCAAAUAGAAAGAACCUGAAUCAGCUUCAGCUUCAAAUGCUGGAACAGCUUGAGGGACAGUUUGCCUUGAUGCGACAGCACCAGCAGCAGAUGAGACAGGCAACAGUUGCACAGGUACGGCCUACAGGAAUUCCUAAUGGGCCAACGCUUGGAUCAUCACUGCCUACAAACUCUAUUUCUGGUCAGCAGCCUCACGUCACUCUAACCAGAGUGCCUGAUCAUGGUGUUCAGUCUGGAAUCCGUCCUGUUCCUUCUGGACAGCUAAUGGCUAAUGGACCUUUUCCUGCUGAACCACCUAGAGGCCCAGUAACAUGCAGCACUAUGGGAAUGCUGGGUAAUACAGACACUAUUUCUAUAGGCAAUAAUCAUGUAACAGGAAAUGGAAGCAAUGGAAAUGUGCCUUACCUGCAGCAAAACGCACUAGCUCUACCUCAUAACCGCACAAACCUGACCAGCAGCGCAGAGGAGCCGUGGAAAAACCAACUUGUUAACUCCACUCAGGGGCUGAACAAAGGUCAGAGUUCACAUUCGGCAGGCCCUAAUGGUGAACGACCUCUCUCUUCCACUGGGCAUUCCCAGCAUUUCCAGGCAGCUGGCACUGGUAUUCAGAAUCAGGUUGGACAUCCUGCCAUGCCUAACAAUUCACUAACAACACAG